AUGUUCAAGUCCCUCCUUACAACGGGGCUCUUGGCUGCGGCUGCGGUCGCCCAGCAGACAACCUCGUAUGUCGACUCCGCAACCGGCAUCACCUUCCAGAGGUACACCGAGACUUCUGGAUUCUCCUUCGGUAUCGCCCUGCCAUCAACUGUUGGCAAGGACUUCAUCGGCCAAAUCUCUGCUCCCAUCACCGCGGGAUGGGCCUCCGUCUCGCUUGGUGGUCCCAUGACCAACAAGCUUCUUGUUGUUGCGUGGCCCAACGGAAAAUCUAUCCAGACUUCCAUCCGCAAGGCAUCAGGAUACUCGAAUCCCGACGUUGUGACCGACUCCGGCAUCACUCUCAAGCCCAUUGAGUCUGGUACCUCGAUCAAUGCCACUGCCUUCACCUACACCUUCGUCUGCGAGGGUUGCAUUACCGGUGACUCGACAACCUUCACCGGUACCUCCGAUGAUACCACCUUUGGCUGGGCUUACUCGACCACUGCCCUUUCCGACACCACCAGCGCUUCCGUCGCUCUCAACUACCACGGUGCUGGUUUCGGCCUCUUCGGUGCGAACCUCGCCGGUGCCAAGUCCGCUGACUACGCUACUUGGGCUGCGAAGGCAUCCGAUGCUGUCGCUACUCCCACCGCUGGCAACGGAACCUCCACGGCCGUUCCCGCCAAGAUCACCACCACGAUUUCCAACACUACCUACGACUACAUCGUCGCUGGUGGUGGUGCUGCUGGUCUCAUUGUCGCCGAGCGUCUGGCCGAGUCCGGCAAGAGUGUUCUUCUCCUUGAGCGCGGAGGACCUUCUUUGGCUUCCAGCGGUGGCAAGGCUACUGUCGACUGGAACAACACGGUCACCCAAUAUGACGUCCCUGCCAUGGGUUACUACCUCGCGACCGCCAAGGAGACCAGCGAGUACUGCACGGAUACCGCUUCUCAAGCUGGCUGCCUUCUCGGCGGUUCUACCAUGGUCAACGCCAUGAUGUGGGUUAAGCCUCCCGCUCAUGACUUUGACGACAAGUGGCCUACGGGCUGGAAGUGGAGCAACGUCGAGGAGUCUGCCAACAAGCUCUACGAGCGCACCCCGGGAACCAUUCUCGCCAGCAAGGACGGAAAGCGCUACGACCAGGGCGCCUACGACGUCAUGUCCCAAUGGUUGGCUAGCAACGGUUUCUCCGAGGUCGACGGUCUCGCUGAGCCUAACAAGAAGGAGGCUGUCUUCACUCACCCCCCUUGGUUGAUCGAGAACGGCAUGCGCGGCGGCCCCGUUCGUGACUAUCUUCCCCUUGCCCAGGCUUUGCCCAACUUCAAGUUGCAGCUCAACGCCAAGGUCAUCCGCGCCAUCCGCAACGGUACCACCAUUUCUGGUGUCGAGAUUGAGACCGCCCCCAACGUUCGCCAGAUCAUCAACUUGAAGUCUGGUGGCGCUGCCAUCCUCGCUGCUGGCGCCCUCUCUUCCCCUCGUAUUCUGUUCAACAGCGGUAUCGGCCCCAAGGAGCAGAUCCAGACUGUCCAGAGCGGAACUACCCAGGUCACUCUUCCUGCCGAGGCCCAAUGGAUCGACCUUCCCGUUGGCAAGAACCUCAAGGACCACCCCAUCUUCACCGUCAACUUCAAGACCAAGUCGACUCUCAACUCUUUGCCCAGCACUGCCUUCACCGCUCCCAGCCAGACAGACGUCGACGAGUUCGCUCAGGGCUCCGGAGUUCUCAGCCAGGCUGGACAGCGCCUCAACUUCUGGACCAGCAUCGAGGGCUCUGACGGCGGAAAGCGCUACGUCCAAGGUACUGUCAACUCUCCCGCCAACGACACAAUCCGCGUCAAGGUCUACCUCACCCACGGUCUCACCUCCGUCGGUGCUCUCGGCAUCUCUGCGGACGGCUCUACCAAGCUGACCACCGAGCCCUACCUCACCACCCCUGAGGACAAGGAGGCCAUCAUCAGCUUCAUGAACCAGCUCAUCCAGUACGCCUCCAAGUCCAACAGCACCCUGACUCUGUCCGGCAAUGUUACCGCUGAGAGCCUCAUCUCCGAGCACACCACUGGUAGCCACUUUGUUGGCAGUGCCAUCAUGGGUUCCACCAACGAUGGGAACAGUGUUGUCGACACCAAGACCAAGGUCUGGGGCACUGACAACCUCUACGUCGUCGAUGCCUCCAUCCACCCUGACUUGCCUACUGGUAACACCCAGGCUAUUGUCAUGGUUGCUGCUGAGCACGCUGCCGCUCAGAUCCUCGGAGGAGCUGGAAGCGCCGGCAACUCUAGCUCUGAGUCCAGCUCUGGUUCCGGCUCCGCCACUGGCUCCGGCUCCAGCUCUGGUUCUGGCUCCGGCUCCAGCACUGGCAAUGGCUCCGGCUCGGGCUCCGGUUCCGGCUCGGCUGGUUGCAAGCGCUCCGUCAAGCGUUUCGAACGCCUCCAGCGUUUCCGUCGUGCUCGCCACAGCUUCUAA